AUGUCUUUCCUUAACAAUUGCAAAACUUUCAGAAAGUUGAUGACCAACGACUGCAUCAUGGUUCCUGGUGCAUUCAACGGUAUGAGUGCUAGAAUCGCUGCUGAAAAUGGCUUCAAAUCUCUUUAUGUUUCAGGUGCUGCUGUUACUGCUUCCACUGGUGUUCCAGAUAUUGGUUUGGUCACUUUGGAUGGUUUCUGCAAAGUCAUUAAGGAAGUUUCAAUGGCCAGUGGUCUUCCAGUUAUUGCUGAUGCUGAUACCGGUUUCGGAGAAGGAGAAAUGUGCGCUAGAACUGUUUGGGAUUACUUCUAAGCUGGUGCUUCAGGUUUACAUAUUGAAGAUCAAGUUUUCCCUAAAAGAUGUGGUCAUCUUGAUGGAAAAGCUUUAGUUCCUAAGGAAGAUUUUGCUAAAAAAGUUUAAAUCGCUGUUGAUGCCAGUAAGAAAUGCUCUGAUGGAGAAUUCGUUAUCUGUGCUAGAACUGAUGCUCGUUCUGUUGAAGGUUUAGAUGCCGUUAUUGAACGUUCUAAGGCUUACAUUGAUGCUGGUGCAGACAUGAUCUUCCCUGAAGGUUUAAACACUGCUGAAGAAUUCAGAGUUGUUGCUUAAGCUUUGAAGGGUUAUGGUCCCAAGGGUGGUCCCUACUUACUUGCCAAUAUGACUGAAUUUGGUAAGACUCCUUACAUCCACGUUAACGACUUCAAAUCAUGGGGAUAUAAUAUUGUUAUCUAUCCUGUCUCAAGUUUAAGAGUAGCUAUGAAGGCUGUUGAUGAUUUAUUCAAGCAACUUGCUGCUGACGGUACUCAAGAAAAAUCAGUUCCUGACAUGCAAACAAGAAAGUAAUUAUAUAGCACUUUGGGUUACACUCCUGGUGUUGAAUGGAUUUAUCCCAACAUGACCACCAAGAGAAACUGA